CACCGCUAGAUAGCGAUACAAAUUUUGUGUCCAUAAAAGACAUUCAGACAGAAUAUAACCUGUGUAAUUUGCUUCUGUCACAUUUUGUAUUGUAAAUUGUAAAGUUAUAUUCGUUUACUAUAAUAAUUCAUAUUAUUUUGUGUUAAUAAACUGAAGUUGCAUUUGCGAAAUUCCUGACUUGUUCAAAAUGGCAACUAUCGAAUUAUUAGAAGACAGAAUUGCCAAUUUGGAAAAAUGUGUACAUGGGCUUAAAAAACCAAAUGGAAUUGACAAUACACCACUGGAAAAUUCUGUGGUUGAUAGCCUUGUUCAUGUAAACACAUUGAUUUCAUCUGCUUUGUCAGGUCGUGAAAAAGCAAAUGUAGUGAUAGAGCGGUUACCAGAAUUGAAUAGUUAUAUAGACUCUGUAGUUGAACAUUCAAAACUGAAUACAGAUGCUAUCGGUCAGCUGUUGCUAACAUUAAUGCCAGAGAUCAAGCAAAAUUGUGAAAUGUUGCACCAAAUACAAGAACUAAUGCCUAUAUUAGAAACCGAUCAUUUAAGAGAUGUACCAGAACUAACUAAUAAACUGAACAAUUUAAAUUCAUCAUAUUUAAAAAUAUAUGGAGAAACUCAAGAUUUAACGAGUCAUAUGAACAAAGUGUUUUCUAAGUAUAACGAAGUAAUAAGCAGUAUUUCCAAAUCAUUGAUUAUCAUGGAUGCUGCUGUAACAGCUGCUGAAAUUGCAGCUAUGCCUAAGAAGCAAGUAGAUUAGAAAUGUAUUUUGUAUGUAGCUUGCAAGAAAUUACUUUAAUAAUAAAUUAUUUAAGCAUUUUAGAUUUAAAAUAAAUGUAGAAUUUAUUUAGAAUACAUUUAUUUUUUAUCUUAGUAUAUAAAAAUACUUACUCAUUCAUCAAUGACUAUGCAUACAUGAACAUAUUUUAAUGUAUCUUUCCAUAACAGUGUAUUUUAUUAAAAUACUUAUAUAUUAUA